CCUUCGCUGUUCUUCCUAGCCGUCCCUGCCUGAGGGAGGAGAAGAAGAAGGAGAAGCGGGCGGUGCGCGAGCCGGCCGCGGAGAAGGAAGCGGCGGAGGAGGGAGGCGAAGCGCCGGGCCGAGCGAGCGAACGAGCCGGGGGUGGGAGGGUGUCUCGAGGGGGGUCCGUUCGGUGCGAGGAGGGUGUGGCGGCCGAGGCGCAGCGACGGUGCCGGCUGGGUCGGGAAGAUGGCGGCAGCGGCGACGGCGACGGCGGCGCCGCCUGUGAACCUGCGGCUGGGAGACCUGGUGUGGGGGAAGCUAGGGCGAUAUCCUCCUUGGCCAGGAAAGAUUGUUAACCCACCUAAGGACCUGAAGAAACCGCGUGGGAAGAAGUGCUUCUUUGUGAAGUUUUUCGGAACUGAAGACCAUGCUUGGAUUAAAGUAGAGCAGCUGAAACCGUACCAUGCCCACAAAGAAGAAAUGAUCAAAAUUAACAAAGGCAAGAGGUUCCAACAAGCUGUGGAUGCUGUGGAAGAAUUCCUGAAGAAAGGAAAAGGCAAGGACCAGGCGUCUUCUCAUAACUCGGCUGAAGAGAAGAACCGGCGUAAUUCCAGCGAAGAGAGGGGGAAGCAGUCAGUGGGAGAGGAGAAACACAAAGCGGGUUUGUCAGAAAGGAAACCGAAAAAGCGAGCGUCUUCGAUGUCCUCCGAGCGAGGCUCGAAAUCCCCCCUGAAGAGAAUGUACAAGCAAAGCCCCCGGAAGCGAGGGCGCCCUCCCAAAGACGAGAAGGACACGACAAUUCCUGAGUCAAGCACAGUGAAGAAAAUGAUGACUGGCACCAUGGCAGGCUUUAAGUGGCCACCGAGUCCUGUGAAAGAUGGUGACCCUCAUUUCCAUCACUUCCUGCUUAGCCAAACUGAAAAGCCAACAGUUUGCUAUCAGGCCAUCACAAAGAAGCUGAAGGUGUGUGAAGAGGAAACCGGGUCCACUUCUAUCCAGGCAGCGGACAGCACGGCUAUCAAUGGCAGCAUCACUCCUACAGACAAGAAGAUUGGAUUCCUUGGUCUCGGCCUGAUGGGCAGCGGCAUUGUCUCCAACUUGAUAAAAAUGGGUCACACUGUCACAGUCUGGAAUCGGACCGCCGAGAAGUGUGAUUUGUUCAUCCAGGAGGGGGCCCGGUUGGGAAGAACCCCCGCCGAAGUAGUCUCGACCUGCGAUAUCACUUUUGCCUGCGUAUCUGAUCCAAAAGCAGCCAAGGAU